CUACCUAGGUAGGUACCUGGUAGGUAAGUCUGGUGGGUGUGUAACUGCAUCCAUAGCAACUGCAUCCCAAGUAGUCACAGGCAACUGCAACCACUUCCAGCCUGUGUCGAACUUGCCUUCUAGGAAGCCGACUUUGUUUGCAAGAAGGUACUGCCUUUGGUAGCGCCUGACCGUUGAAUGAGCACUUCUUCCAUCUCAACAACAGCAAUUGCAACCCGGUUUCUUCCACCUGCCUGGCCCGCUUGGCUUACCUUAUCUGCCUACACCUCGGGCAUUGCCAGAGCUCUCAUUCCCUACUCACCCCCCCAACUUCAUCAACCACCACGUUUCUUUCUUAUGUCCUCAACCCAGAGCAUGGACCUCGAUAGCUGAACCAUCCCCUCCCCUGUGUCCCUCCCCCGAUCGUCAUUUCUCCUCAAUCCCUCCUCAGCCUUCUUUACGACAUACCCAUGCCCUGAGCUGAGGUCCGCCUCUCUCUUUAAACCCGCCAACAUGACGACUCUCUUGUCAUCUUGGCUCGACCCGUCCCUCCUCCACCAGUUCGUGCGGUACUGCUUGGUCUCUACGGGUAUCUACCUUUACACGAAACACCGACAACAGCCUCUGGACUUUUCUCUGUCUUUCCUUUCCAUCGGAAUUCUUGGUCGUCUGUGGCUGUCAUUCGUCGACAAGCACGUCCCGGACCCCUAUCUGGAUGAAGUCUUCCACGUUCCCCAAGCGCAGGUCUACUGCGACGGACAAUACGACGUGUGGGAUGCCAAAAUUACGACCCCGCCUGGCCUGUAUGUCCUCGCGAUCCUGGCCAACAAAUUGGCCGGAUUAUCCUGCUCGACUUCUCACCUCCGGGCCUUCAAUGUGGAAAUCAUCUCCUACCUCGCCCUGCUAGCUACCGUAUCUCGAGCUCGGGUGGAGAAUCCAGAGUCGCAUGCCCGAGAUUCCGACGGCUAUGGGAGAUACGCCUUCUGGACUGGACUAAACAUUUCUCUAUUCCCCGUAUUGUUCUUCUUUUCGGGCUUAUACUACACCGAUGUCAUCUCUACCCUGGUCGUCUUGCUGGCCUACACUAACCAUCUCUACCGAGUUGGUCAAGACAGACCCUCCAUCGCGAAUGGCGUCUACGCUGUGUUCCUCGGGCUCGUGGCCUUAUGCGUGCGCCAGACUAACAUAUUCUGGGUAGUUGUUUAUAUGGGUGGCCAAGAAGUCGUACAUGCUGUUCAUCUCCUACGACCAGAGCCUCUACCUAAUGAUGCUCAAGCGAUGGAUGUGCUGGCACAAGAACCCGAGUCUACCAUCCGGAGCUAUUCUAGUGAUUACAUAUCCAACCGGAUGACCACUCCGGUGUUUGCAACACUGCCCGAGCAGGUCAAGUUCUUCGCCUGGAGAUACUCGCUCGGUGAUAUCCAUGACCUUCCUUUAUAUCUGGCUUCACCAAUCGACCUGCUUCUUUGCGUCAUUAGUAUCGGUAUAGCUACGGUUUCCAAUCUGGGAAUAAUUGUGCGCCGACACAUAUGGCCACACCUCGUAGUCCUCAGCGCAUUUCUGGCUUUUGUCGUCUGGAACGGCGGCGUUGUUCUCGGAGAUAAAUCCAACCAUAUCGCAACUCUCCAUUUAGCCCAAAUGCUAUAUAUUUGGCCCUUAUUCGCCUUCUUCUCUGCGCCCCUUUUUAUUCCGCAGCUCUGGAAGCUCGGCGUGCUUGUCUUUCAAUCUACUACUACUGGUCAAAAAGGCUCGACUGCUCAACCAUCUCCAGUUCGUCCCGACAUAAAUCAAGAAGAGGCUCCGCUCCGCGACCAACCAGUCCAGUCUGCUAGUCUGAAGUUUUUUAACUAUAUUGGAUCAAGCCACACUGCCCACACCAUUAUUCUCCUGCUCAGCGCCGCCUUAUUGUCAACUAUUAUUGUGCGAUUCAGCACAAUUAUUCACCCGUUUACCUUAGCUGACAACCGACACUUUAUGUUCUACAUUUUCCGAUACACAAUCCUGCGUGCCUGGUGGGUCCGGUAUGCUCUGGUUCCCGUCUAUGUCGUCUGCGGCUCUCUAUGCUGGGUCGUCCUGAGGGGAAAUCCACAAUUUUCGAGUAUCCCUUACGACAAACGAUGGGUCCGCACCCCCUUUACCCUAACACGGGUAUCUGGCGGCGGGCCAUCUCUCUAUCCAUCGCCACCCGCCUCCACGAUCCCAGCACUGACAUCUACGGUGCUAAUCCUCUUCCUCGCUACGACGUUAUCACUAAUCACCGCGCCCCUCGUCGAACCACGCUACUUUAUUCUACCGUGGGUUUUCUGGCGCCUGCUCGUCCCUUCCCCACCGUCCGCAGUGAUGGCCAUCCCUCUUACCAAUUGGGUCAAUACUUCCCGAACCAAAAAGCAGCAGCGGCAGCACGGUGAGAACACCAAGGAGGAGAAGCAGCGGGAGUACGAAAAGGAGAGCGACAAGUACGAAGGAGAGGACAGGGAUCGAGCCCUCGAAAGGGAGCUUGCGAGAGCGGGUGCGAACACGGAUAUUUUUGACGGCGCCGCUCUACCAAAGCUACCGCCGCCAGGCCAGCUGUCGUCGGAUGCGGUCAUCGUCCUCGCGCUCGAGACAGUCUGGUCCCUGGCUGUCAACGUUGUCACGAUGGCUGUGUUCAUCGCGUGGCCAUUCUACUGGCGGGACCCAACCGACGGCACGCUGCUGGACGGCGGGAGAGUGCAGCGUUUUAUGUGGUGAUGCGGCGAACCAAUUUGCUAGUUGCUAGAUUUCCCUUAGACCUGCGGUGGCUUCUUUCAUUAGGUAGGUACUAGGUCCGAUGGGUUGGCAGAACCCGCUAUGAUGAUGCCUCUUGUUGGUUCGGCCGCGAUUGGGUGGGCUGCCCCCAUGCGGCCCCAGAUCUGCCGGAUUGCCUUGGCGUUGGGUUUGGGUUUAGAGAGACUCCGGGACGCCUGUCGUAAAAGUAGGUAGUGCGAAUGCAAGAAAUUCCCCUG